AUGAAGGGUGAAGCAGGUGAAAUAAUUACAUCCUUGCUGCCAGGACAGAAAGGUGACCCAGGAUUUCCAGGUCUUCCAGGGAUACCUGGCCCCCCUGGCUCCGUGGGAAUACCAGGUCCAGUUGGCCCUCCAGGGCCCCCAGGUUUGACGGGACCUCCUGGUCCACCAGGGCUGCCAGGACCCAAGGGUAAUAUGGGUUUGAAUUUCCAAGGACCCAAAGGUGAAAAAGGUGAACAAGGUCUUCAGGGACCUCCAGGGCCACCAGGACAAAUUGGAGAACAGAAAAGACCCAAUGACAUUGAGUUUCAGAAAGGAGAUCAGGGUAUUCCAGGUGAUCCAGGCCCACCAGGACUUCCUGGGCCUCCAGGCCCUCCUGGUCUUCCCGGUGGUGUGAAAGGUGAAAAAGGUGAGCAAGGAGAACCAGGCAAAAGAGGAAAGCCUGGCAAAGAUGGAGAACCUGGUCAGCCUGGUAGGGAUGGUUUACCUGGUGGGCCUGGAAUAAAUGGUGCUCCAGGAAGAGAUGGUGAAAAGGGUGAAAAAGGUGACAUGGGUCCCCCUGGUCCUCCUGGAAUUGUUGUUCCAAGACCAGGCAUUGAUGCAACAGUGGGACCAAAAGGUAGCAAAGGAUUGCCAGGACUUCCAGGAGCCAAAGGGGACCGUGGAUUCUCUGGCAGGCCAGGCCCACCUGGCUUGCCAGGAUCUCCAGGGAUCACUACUGUUGGACCUCCUGGCCCACCUGGCUUACCUGGUGAGAGAGGACAGAAGGGGGAUCCAGGUUUACCUGGGGUUUCUAUUCCUGGGCAACCAGGAGUUGAGGGACCACGAGGACCGCCAGGACCACCAGGUCCCCCAGGGCCACCUGCACCAUCUGUUGCUCCUGGUGAAGGGUUAUGUGAGCAAGGGCCACCAGGUCCUCCAGGAAUUCCAGGACAACAAGGUUUUACAGGGGAGCGAGGCCAAAAAGGUGACCGAGGAGACACAUGCUUCAACUGCAUAGGAACUGGAGUAACUGGUCCUCCUGGGGAGAGGGGACCACCAGGACCUCCUGGUAGUCCAGGCUCUCCUGGUUUUCCUGGACCAAAAGGUGAAAAGGGGCUUCCUGGAUUAACUGGCCUUGUAGGGCCACCAGGCUUCCCAGGCACCCCAGGUGCUCCUGGUAGACCUGGUCCUAAAGGUGACCCAGGGGAUGUCCUGACUUCUCCAAGAUUGAAAGGUGACAAAGGAGACCCUGGCUUCCCAGGACCUCCAGGUCUCCCUGGCAUAGAUGGCACCCCUGGACGAGAUGGACUGCCAGGUUUGCCUGGCCCUAAGGGGGAACCUGGCAGUGUUGCAUUCAAAGGAGAAAUGGGUAUUCCAGGUGACCCAGGGAUACCAGGUCUUCCUGGUGAAAAAGGGCUUCCUGGACCUCCUGGUUUUGGUCCACAAGGCUCACCUGGUGAAAAGGGCAUCCAAGGUGUAUCUGGCCGUCCAGGGCCUCCUGGUGUCCCAGGUCCAAAAGGUGACCCUGGCCAAACUAUUACAGAACCAGGAGUUCCUGGUCCCCCUGGUCCUCCAGGAAGAAUUGGUGAUCCAGGUCUUCCAGGAGAUCCUGGUCAGCCAGGUCAGCGUGGUUUACCUGGCAUCCCAGGUGCAAAGGGAGAGCCAGGUAUUCCUGGCAUUGGACUUCCAGGUCCACCAGGCCCAAAGGGUUUCCCAGGGACUCCAGGCCCGCCCGGAGCUCCAGGAACUCCAGGUCGCCCUGGGCUGGAUGGACCUCCUGGACCACCUGGUUUCCCAGGAGAGAAGGGAGAGCGUGGAUUUGGAGUUCCAGGACCACCUGGGCCCCCAGGACCCCCAGGCAUAAAAGGAGUUCAAGGACCUAAAGGUGAUCCUGGUUUCCCAGGAAACCCUGGUCUACCAGGCCGGGCAGGAUUUGAUGGAACCCCAGGGCCCAAAGGUGACCCUGGACCAAGUGGACCACCAGGACUUCCAGGCCCACCAGGCAUCCCUGGCAUUGGUGGUCAAGGUCCUCCUGGAUCUCCAGGACCUCCAGGUCCUGUUGGCCCCCCAGGUCCCCCAGGGCUGCAAGGCAUUCCAGGGGAGAAAGGGGAUCCAGGUCCUCCAGGCUUCGAUAUUCCAGGUCCUCCAGGUGACCAAGGAGCUCCAGGAUAUCCAGGACCCCCUGGACUACCAGGGCCUCAGGGUUCACCUGGGCCCCCUGGCAGGGAUGGAAUACCUGGAUUUCCAGGUGCCAAAGGUGAGAUGGGUGUCAUGGGAGCUCCUGGUCCUCCAGGGCCUCCAGGAACUCCUGGAAGAAAUGGUCUGCCUGGCUUGAAAGGUAAUAGUGGAUUACCUGGUCCACCAGGACCUCCUGGACCAGUGGGGCAGAAAGGCAUCAAAGGUGAAGCAGGUCUGCCAGGUCCACCAGGAACACUUGAUCCCAAACAGCUGGGAGCAAAAGGAGAAAAAGGCGAGCCGGGUGUUCCAGGUGUUCCUGGUUUAUCAGGCCAGAAAGGUUAUCAAGGUCUCCCAGGUGACCCAGGCCCACCAGGACUUAGUGGCCCACCAGGUGUGCCAGGAUUGCCAGGCAUCAAGGGAGACUUGGGGCUUCCUGGGCAGCCAGGACCAACAGGACCUCCAGGAUUAAAAGGAGCUAUGGGAGAGAUGGGCCUUCCAGGUCCCCCUGGGCUUAAAGGCAACCAAGGACUGGCAGGACGUCCAGGGCAGCCUGGGCCUGCAGGAUUUCCUGGACUGAAAGGGGAGAAAGGUGACCCUGGUCUUUCAGGCAUUGGUAUUCCUGGUCCCCCUGGACCAAAGGGAGAUCUUGGCUUGCCUGGAUACCCAGGCAGUCCAGGUGCAAAAGGUAUAGCUGGAAAUCCUGGUUUGCCUGGAUUUCCAGGCAGUCCAGGUGCAAAAGGAGAACCAGGCCUUCCUGGAUUCCCAGGAACACCAGGAAUUCCAGGACCAAAAGGUAUUGAGGGCCCUCCAGGUAAUCCUGGCCUGCCUGGACCACCUGGGCCAGUAGGUGAUAUUGGUCGUCCUGGCCCACCUGGUCCUUCAGGGGAAAAGGGACAGCCUGGUCGAGAUGGUAUCCCUGGACCAGCGGGUCAGAAGGGUGAACCAGGUCUACCAGGUUUUGGGCGUCCAGGACCCCCAGGACUCCCAGGAUUGUCAGGGCAAAAAGGGGAAUUGGGAUUACCUGGUCCACCGGGACCCCCUGGACUUCAAGGCCCGAAGGGAGAACCAGGUUUCCAGGGAUUCCCUGGUCUGCAGGGUCCACCAGGUCCACCAGGAAUACCAGGGCCACCUCUGGAAGGUCCUAAAGGUAGCCCUGGCCCACCAGGUGUUCCAGGAAGGCCAGGGCCUCCAGGUCCACCAGGCCCAGAAGGUCCACGAGGACCACCAGGCAGUGGAGGACUUAAAGGGGAAAAAGGGAACCCAGGUCCACCUGGUCCACCUGGCCUGACUGGUCCAAAGGGAGAUCAAGGACCACCUGGACGCCAGGGGGAUCCUGGGCGUCCAGGUCUGAAUGGAAUGAAGGGUGACCCCGGGGUUCCAGGCGUUCCAGGAUUCCCAGGUAUGAAGGGUCCCACUGGACCUGCAGGACCCGCUGGCCUCACGGGCAGCCAGGGACUGCCAGGCCCACCAGGUCCGCCAGGUUUACCAGGUACCAUUGGACGAAGCAUUGUUGUCAAAGGUGAUCCUGGUUCCCCAGGUCCUCCAGGACAGCCUGGCUCCAAAGGGCCACCUGGAUUGCCAGGGCCACAGGGAUUGCCAGGUCCAAUUGGUCUUCCUGGUGACCCAGGGAGAGAUGGACUUCCUGGUUUUGAUGGUCCAGCAGGACGAAAAGGAGAGAGAGGUCAUCCAGGCCAACCAGGGUCACGAGGAGUACAAGGACCUCCUGGUCCUGAUGGUUUACAAGGCCCACCUGGUCCUCCUGGAACAGCUUCUGUUGCUCAUGGAUUCCUUAUAACUCGGCACAGUCAGACCAGGGAUACACCACUAUGUCCACAGGGAACAGCAAGAAUAUAUGAUGGAUUCUCUCUUCUGUAUGUGCAAGGAAAUGAGAGAGCACAUGGCCAGGAUUUGGGUACUGCUGGGAGCUGUCUUAGACGUUUCAGCACCAUGCCCUUCAUGUUCUGCAACAUCAACAAUGUUUGUAACUUUGCAUCAAGGAAUGACUACUCCUACUGGCUGUCAACCCCCGAGUCGAUGCCGAUGAGCAUGGAGCCACUCACUGGGCCAAGCAUCCAGCCCUUCAUCAGCCGAUGUGUUGUGUGUGAAGCUCCUGCUAUGGUGAUAGCUGUCCACAGCCAGACCAUUCAGAUCCCUUCAUGUCCUCCAGGCUGGGACUCCCUCUGGAUUGGUUAUUCUUUCAUGAUGCACACAAGUGCUGGAGCAGAGGGCUCUGGGCAGGCCUUGGCCUCUCCUGGCUCCUGUUUGGAAGAGUUCCGCUCAGCGCCGUUCAUCGAAUGCCAUGGCCGGGGCACCUGCAAUUACUAUGCUAAUUCCUACAGCUUCUGGCUGGCAACUGUAGAGGUGUCAGAAAUGUUCAGCAAACCUCAGUCUGAGACACUGAAAGCUGGAGACUUGAGGACGCGGAUUAGUCGUUGUCAAGUUUGCAUGAAGAAGACGUAACAUCUUGGAGAAUGUUUUAUAAAACAAUUGAAAAUUCCUAAGAUGCACUGUCUUCCAGCUGCAACAAUGGUGCUACUGUGCAGAAAGAAAAGAAAAAACAAAUCCAAACUGUUUUUACCAUGCAAAUUCAAGUGUACCUCACUCAUGUGCCAAACUAAGGGUUGUUCAGUAUCUAUUUGACAACAGGACUAAGAUGAAAGAAUUGACCUCUUGGAAACAGAAAAGAACACUUGAGGUUCACCAAGGAUCAGAAGAUGAAUUUUUUCAUUUCUCUCCCUGUACCAAAAUGGCACCUUUUUGAUCAACCAAGAGAAUUGAGAAGAACACGACGCACUGAGUAUGUUUAAAAUAACAAGACUGCAGUUUUGAAAAACAUUUUUCAUGGUGCUACUAACCCUACUGUAUUUUUAAUAUGAAAUUUUAAGCUUAUUUCUCUUUGUAAGUAAUGAAAUGUGUAUAUUGUGUAAACACCUUUUUAAUCUAAACUUUCAGUCAUCUAGAAACAAACCAGACUGAUAAAAAAUCCUUAUGUCUAAAAUUAAAAGAUAAGACAGUAUUUUAUUAUGAAACUUGUGGUACAGAGAGAAUUUACCCCUCUUAUGCCAAUUUAUUCAUUUAAUUUUUCAUUUCCUUCUCACUUGCCAACCUGAUAUAUUUGGGGAAUGCACAAUUAUUCUGAAGUAAUUUUGAUCAGGGUUUUAAAUGUUGUACACCAUACUAGCAGUGGUUUUAUUUGUGCUUAGAAAACCCAAUCCACUUAAAAAGGGGUUUUUUAUCUGGUGAAAAUAUGUGAAAUUAUUAGCCAUAUUCUAUAUCCUUCUUUUAAGAAUACAAGUCACAUUCACAUUUUAGUAAUCAGUUUGGUUUAACCAAACCUGUCCUUUGGGAAUAUCCAGUUACCAAAGCAUUUAGGGUGAUGCUUACAUGAAACUUCACCUCUGAAGUGGUGUCAUAUGUUUUAUCCAGAAUAGUAUACACACUAAGAAACCUUCUGAAUAAAAUAAAGCAUAAGCUGGUGGAAACCUUCCUAUUUACAUAUUUAUCUUUUAAUCUUAUGUGAAUUUAUACACAUCCACAAUGUAUUCACAGUAUACAGCAACUCCUGUGUAUGUAUAGUUCACAUAAGGCCUUGAAAGAUGGUGCAUGCAGUCUUUCUGAUGUCAGUUUGUAAGAAUCCUCCUAUGUAUGUCUAAAGAGUGUCACUACUUGUGCAAUAGCUGAAAAGUGAUCACUUUUGUAUGCAUGACUGUUCAGCUUCUAUGGUCAGAGCGUUUCAUUUACCCUCGUGUAUAAACAGCUCCCUGACAAUGCAGGACUCUGUCAAGUGACAAUACCUUCAUAUUUUCAUUGUAUAUUGCCACCUCGACUAUCAAUACAACCUAACUUGUGAAUUAACAUU